GAGCCUCUCUCCCCCCCGAGGCUGAGAGGCGGGGGCAGCGACUGUCCCGGCCGGCGCUGAUCUCGAGCGGCGAUUGGCCGCUGUCUACGCUGACGUCACGAUCAUGAUGAGAAUUAAUGAUCGGAGGCGCUGAUUUCAUUGUGACGCCGGGACCGACCCAGCCGAAACCGGCUGAAUUCGGAGCCCUGGGGCCCCCCGUGGCCGCCCCGCCCGCCCCACAGAGCACGAUGAAUCUGCGUUCUGUAUUUACUGCAGAACAACAGAGGAUAUUGCAGCGUUACUAUGAAAAUGGAAUGACAAAUCAGAGUAAAAAUUGCUUUCAGCUCAUAUUACAGUGUGCACAAGAAACUAAGCUGGACUUCAGUGUAGUCAGGACGUGGGUUGGAAACAAAAGAAGAAAGAUGAGUAGUAAGAACACCAUGGAUUCUGGAGGAAGCCCAUCUGCCACAGCCAGCAGCACAUUGACAGUGCCUCCGGAAGUGGCUGUUCAAAACGUGGUCAGCAUCGCCCGUUCCCAGAGCCAGCAGUCCUCGUGGACGUCCUCCAACAACGACGUCAUAGUCACUGGCAUCUAUAACCCAGCUACUUCAUCCAGCCGACUGGUCUCCAGUAAACAGACUAACUCCCUGAUGAGCGAUAUGCAUAAAAACUCCCUGUCAAGGUCCGCUGGGAAGAGUGAUCCCGAAUUCCAGCGGCAACACAUCGCGGUGACCCGCCAAGCUCCCCACUGUAAAAACGCUUCGCUGUUCCUGGGUGAGAAAACCAUCAUCCUCUCCAGGCAAACCAGCGUGCUGAAUUCAGGGAAUUCUAUUUAUAACCACACGAAGAAAAGUUAUGGCGGCUCGUCGGUUCAGACGGCGGAAUUAGUGUUACCUCAGAAGCCCGUCUUGUGCCACCGGCCGUACAAAAUGGACCAGGUGGGCUGCCAACGGUUGCAAAAACCAGAGCACCCCAUCCUCGCUUCCUCCGUUCCAUCCGGGCAGAGAUCGAACAUUAGAGAUCCUUCCUGCAGCACCCACAAUUUGGAAAUCCGAGAGGUUUUUUCAUUGGCUGUGACCGACCAGUCCCUGGGAGGAAGCCGUGAGAAGGCCCUGUCAACUUCUGGAGAAGGCAGUUGCCUGUCUAUCGCGAUGGAAACCGGGGAUGUGGACGACGAAUAUGCCAGAGAGGAAGAGUUGGCCUCCAUGGGUGCCCAGAUACAAAACUACUCCCGGUUAACCAGCACGCCCCUCCGCGUCGAGAAUCCGGGAUCCGUUUUUUUGGGCUCGGGCAGGAGCAUGGGUUGCAAUUCGCAUGUGCUGAAUGCGAGGAACUUGCACAACAAUAUCUUGUAUCACAACAGAGACUAUCGUUUACCUUCACGGACUUCGUUGCAUAGCACAUCCAGUACGCUCUAUAGCAGUUCCCAUCCAUCAAGAAGUAACCUUUCUUCUCAUUUUGCAGCAUCCAAUCAACUAAGGCUAUCUCAGAACCAAAAUAAUUAUCAGAUUUCAGGAAACCUUACUGUGCCUUGGAUUACUGGGUGCUCCAGGAAAAGAGCAUUACAGGACCGUACGCAAUUCAGCGACCGAGAUUUAGCCACCCUUAAGAAAUACUGGGAUAAAGGUAUGACCAGCCUUGGGUCGGUUUGCAGAGAGAAAAUUGAAGCCGUGGCUGCGGAAUUAAACGUUGACUGUGAAAUAGUAAGGACUUGGAUCGGAAAUAGGAGACGGAAGUAUCGUUUGAUGGGCAUUGAAGUCCCUCCCCCGCGAGGUGGCCCUGCCGUUUUUUCGAGUCAGUCUGAUUCCAGUGAUAAAUCGAUACCCAUUCCAGGCGAUGAUCCCCUGACUGAUAUAGGAGAGGAUAAUGACAGGAAUGAUGAAGUGUCCAUCUGCUUAUCGGAAGGAAGCUCCCAAGAAGAACACAAUGAAGUUCUUCCAAAUGAAGGCAUGGGCCACAAAGAAGAGGACCACACUACUGUAUCUUCAGAUAAUGUGAAAAUAGAAAUAAUAGACGAUGAAGAAAGCGAUAUGAUAAGUAAUUCUGAAGUGGAUCAGAUGAGCUCUCUUCUGGAUUACAAAAACGAGGAAGUAAGGUUCAUUGAGAGUGAACUGGAGCAUCAAAAACAGAAGUAUUUUGAACUCCAGACUUUCACAAGAAGUUUGAUACUUGCUGUGAAAACAGAUGAUAAAGAUCAGCAGCAGGCACUUCUAGCCGAUUUACCUCCAGAAUUGGAAGAGAUGGAUUUCAACCAUACAUCUCCAGAACCCGACGAUACCUCAUUCAGCUUGUCAUCUUCAUCCGAAAAAAAUGCCUUGGACAGUUUGUGAUUUUUUUUUAAUUUUUUUUUUGACAAAAGGAAAACCACACACAGUAUAGUUUGUCUAAUGUGUACGUUUUGAACCGAUUACAUUGGGUUAGCCCAAUAUCCUUAAAUAUGAAGGAAGACGUAGGGUGGGAAGGCCAACGAGCCAAUUGUACAUUGAGGGCAUUUUGACAGUUUCUGCAAAUUCAGAGUUUUGUUGUUGACAAAUGUGAAAGCUACUUGAAGGCUGCUUCCGGCAGCUCUCCCUUGAUGAUGGUACCUUCAUAAUAACAUGAACUUAAUAAUAAACCCUUGACCUAGGAGGGCACUGAGAAUGGAAGAAUAGUCGUGAAUUCUGUUAAUAACUUCCAAAUGUUAAUCCGUCAGUCCUGCAGUGUGAUAUUUUGCCUUUUCUUGUUCUUUUCUCCUUCUCAGGUAGAUGGACUGAUCACUGGAAAUUAUAGGUUUCAGGAGAUGAGUGGGGAUAACUUGGGCCUUCAUUCAAAUGAUGAUCAUUCUAACCAGGGAUCAAACAAAGAAGUGUUGGUCUUUUUUUUUUCUUUGUUCUGUAUAUAGCAGCAAAUAUCUUCUCUUCAUUUUGGGAUGAUGAAAUAUCCUGGAAUAUUUUCAUUACUGAAAAAAAAAAGCAAAUCUAUUUAUCUUAGCUCUAAUAAAUUAUUUUGUGUAUAUCA